CGAUGCCCGAACCUCUCCAGAGUGCUUGGAACAGAUUGCAGUCACGUGAGGAGCCCGGCCUUGCGACUCGAGACAAUGGACAAACCAUAACAACAAGUGAUGGGCUAUUCCUUUUUCCGCUUCGGAUUGGGAGCCCGCAACAAAUGCUGAAUCUGAUCUUUGAUACCGGAUCUGGAGAUUUUUGGGUCUGGUCUUGGUUGAUGCCCGACACUCAGACAUCCGGUAGGAAUUAUUACAACGGUAGUAACUCUUCGACCGCAACUCGAUGGCAAGGCCAAUCAUUUGGCGUUGACUACUCGGCCGGCUCUCUUCACGGACUUGUAUGGCAAGAUGCUGUUUGGGUCGACAAUAUUGGCGUUGGCGGAAAUCCAAUCGAAUGUGCUCAAGACGUUGCUCCAUUCUUCUUAAAUCUAGAAGGCGCAGAUGGAGUCUUGGGAUUGAGUAAUGCCUUCAAUGACUCUGAAAGUCCCGCGCCUCAGCAGACCUGGCUGACGUGGGUUUUGCCCAGGCUUCCAGCAUCUGUGUUCACUGUUGCUUUGUCUCCAAAAUCGAUGGGAACCAUUGACUUCGGCUUCAUCGACUCGUCAAAAUACAUUGGGACCAUUGCGUACACACCUGUGACGAUCAUUCCUGGUACUACAGGUGGCUUCUGGGCUUUCAAUUGGACAGGCUUCGCUAUUGGUGACCAGAAGUUCAACUAUACCAAUAUCCAAGUGAUGGUGGACACAGGAGGCAACAUCUCACAGCUACCGCAAUCGAUAUUGAAGAAGUUCUUUGCGCAAGUGAAAGGUGCCUAUCAACAGUCGGACGGAGGCUGGAACUUUCCAUGCGCCUCGGCCGUACCAAAUCUUACUUUUGGAGUUGGAAAUUCUCGGAUUGUGAUCUCAGGGAAGAACUUCAUCUUCAAUCCACUGGCGGACGGGAUCAAUUGCUACAGUGCUGUUCAGGGAACAAGUGAUGGUUCAUACGUCUAUAUGAACGUGCCAUUCCUUGAGUCGAUAUUUGUGGUGCACGACUAUGGUGCGAUGCGUAUGGGAUUCGCCAACAGAACCUGGACGUGAUGAUGAUGGCC